GCGUCAAACCAUUUGUGAGCAGUGACAGAGGCAGAUUGGGCCGAAAGGAUAUGAGUGGGAAACUUCAAAACCUGCUCAUGUUUCUGCGACCGUGAAAGGAUUUGUAUAACACAUUCAGAUUUGAUGGACUUUCCCAUGUUCGCCCCGGACAGCCCUUUUUUGUUGACAUGUUCAAAUAAUGAAUCUCUUAUGUGUGGGAUCCCUUUUUCCCCCCCUGCCCCUGAGUCCUGUUUCUAGUUGUCCGGCAGGGAUGCUGUGUGGACCACUCCGUCGUCUGGCCCAAGCUUAUGGAGAACCGCUGACUUGCUGGCUUCCAGGAACCAGGGUGCUGAAAUGGAUCAUAUACAUUUGAUUCUUUUACUGUUUAGUAAGGCCUUAUCAGCUGGAGCUCAAUUUAAUGGAUUCAACUGUGACGGCAACUUUCACAACCGCUUACCAGCGGAGAGAGACAUCAGCGUGUACUGUGGGGUUCAGACCAUCACCCUCAAAAUCAACUUCUGUCCGGUCCUCUUCUCCGGCUACUCGGACACCGACCUGGCCCUCAACGGUCGCCAUGGAGACGCCCACUGCCGCGGAUUCAUCAAUAACAACACCUUCCCCACUGUUGUAAUCUUCAGCAUCAGCCUGGCGUCGCUGGAGUCCUGCGGUAAUUCCCUGGUGGUCUCCACAGCUCAUGGACCCAAUGCUUAUGGGAACAUGUCCCUGGUGCAGAUUGGUAACAUAUCUGGGUACAUCGACACGCCGGAUCCCCCCACCAUCAUCAGUUACCUGCCAGGCCUGCAGUACAAGUUCAGCUGCAGCUACCCACUGGAAUACCUGGUCAACAACACACAGCUGGCCACGUCAGCAGCUGCAAUCACAGUGAAGGAGAGCAAUGGUACCUUCAUCAGCACGCUAAAUCUCCUGCUGUACAAUGACUCGUCGUAUGGGCAGCAGCUGGCCAUUCCCAUGGCGGGCCUGACCCUGAAGACACGCGUGUACGUGGCUGUGAAAGCCUCCAAUCUGGACAAGAGAUGGAACGUUCUAAUGGAGUACUGCUACACCACGCCCUCCGGAAACCCUAAUGAUGACAUGCGCUAUGAUCUCUUCGUUAGCUGCAACAAAGACCCUCAGACCACCAUCUUUGAGAACGGGAAGAGCCAAAUGGGCCGCUUUGCCUUUGAAGUAUUCCGCUUUGUGAAGCACAAGAACCAGAAGAUGUCCACGGUGUUCCUGCACUGCGUCACCAAGCUGUGCCGAUCGGACGACUGUCCGCUGCUCAUGCCAAUCUGUGGCAGCAGGAAAAAGAGAGACGUCUCAGAGGGGAAAGAGUCAAGCGCGGCAUCUGGAAACGCUGUCCUGACCGCUGGGCCCAUCAUCACUCGCUUUGACGAAACGCCAACCAACAACUCUCAGCUCGGCCUGCUGAAAGCUCCAGAGUUUCAGAUAAACACGGUGACCGGCGCCCUCAUCUCAGGAGUGAUCAUCUUGGGUGUCAUGAGCGUCUGCUUCUUCAUCUUCUCACUCACCCUCCUCAAAGGCAAAAGCCCCGUGAUCAGCACCUCGUCUGGAGCUCGCAACCCAGCCUUCAGCUGAACACCCCGAACCCGACUCACGCAUGUGACGCGUGCAUGUAGUCGUUUUUUACAAGAUAAAUGUGUAAUGUUUGAUCUGUAUAUGUAGUGUAGAAGUAAAGCAGGACUUUUCGUAUGAUAUUUGUGAUCAACCUGCGGGUGAUCGCCUGUCGUGCAGCUUUAACCCACAUAGUGGGUGCACUUAACUUAACUUAAAUCAAUACCUCAGCUGUAUGUUUUUCAGUUGCAGGUAAAGGAUCAGUUACACGGCUCACAGUAUAUUUGUGUAUAAUUUGCUGGUGAGAGAAUUGAGAGAAUUAGUAAACGGGGAAAAGGGUGCUGUCUGAGACUGACUGAAGUGAGCAAACAGAGAGCCUCAGGGUCGACUGCUUCUGCUUUCACCGCUGAAUAAAUAAUCUAGUAUAUUGAUAUAAUAAUAAUAAUAAUAAUAAUAGCAUCAUUGAGAUUUUAAUUUAUUAACAUUGUUAAGUUGUGAAGGGUGUGUUUGUACUCGGCAUGUACUUGUGUGUGUAUCAUCUACCUGAGAUUUGUUCUAAAGGCCUUUGCACAUUAACAGCAACGCAAAUAAAUGGCACCGAUUCUUGGAACAUUUUUCAAUGUCACUGUUCACAUGACAUGUUCACUUUUUUUUAGAAGAAGAAGAAUUUUAGUUCACUUGAUUCACAUUGUGCUGGACAUACUUUCUGAUAUCUGUCUGGACAGUUUGAAGUAAAGAAAAUAUUAUUAAUGUCUGAAUAAAUCUCAUUCAUAAACUGGUGUUUCACUAACCUUUCCUUUGAAUGUGGUAGUGUGAAAUUAAAGAUACAAUAUGCAUUUAUACAGA